AUGUUCCGCCGGGCCCGCCUCAACGUGCGGCCCAAUGUGCGACCCGCGGGCAGGGUCGCCGGCGGAGCGGCGGACCCGGACCCUCACGGCUUGGGCUCCCCGGCGGCGAAACCUGGUGUGGCGCUGAUUAAAAACUCUACAAAGCACAGUGAUGACAAGGCUGAUAGCUCAAAUGACGCUGGAGAAGCUAGUAAACCUGCAGAGAUGCCUGUGCAGAGAAGAAAACGAAUCUCCACCAUGCCCAAUCUUGUUAAACCCAGAGCUGGACCUUCAUCUGCUCAGCAUUCUGCAUCAAAAGCACCGAGGCGAGCAUCACAGACUCCUGAUGUCAGUCCUUCAUUUCGGAAGGAUUCCUCUCCAUCAGAAAAGACUAAUGUUGAAAGCUCUUCAAAGUCUCCCAUGCUGCCUGAAAAGAAAACACCUGUGCCACAGGUGCCACAGUUUUCCCCACUAAAGAAAUUGGUGAACAAAGAGCAAACUGUAGGUGUAGCUGCUCAAAAAAAUGAUGAUACUUUGCAGAAGAAUGUACCCUCCCCACUCAAGGAGAGACCAACACAGGAAAGAUCACGAAUGCAGGAGGAAAAGCUGCCUAUGCAACCGGCUCCUGUGAAAGAGAAACAUGUGUGUUCUGACCGUGAAAGGAUCCUCAAAGCUCGGAAGUUAAGGGAAAUGCUUAAAGAAGAGUUGAAGAAAGAGCGCAUGUUGAAACACAGGCCUCCAAUAAUUGAAGGACAUUCUCCACUAGAUCGUUCUAAAAUGACCAUGAGAGACUUGAUAUACUAUCUGCCAGAAAACAAUCCUAUGAAGUCUUCAUUGGCAGAAGAAAAAAGAACAGAAAAAAAUUCUGCGCUGGGUCAAAUGAAAGAACAUGAAGAGAAAAGCAUUCCUGAUCAUGAAGAGGAAGAAGAUGAGGAGAAAGAAGCAGAGAAUGGGGAGGACAGUCAGGAUGGUCCACUUCUAGUUCCUCGUGUCAAAGUAGCAGAAGAUGGUUCAAUUAUUCUAGAUGAAGAAAGUUUAACUGUAGAAGUUCUAAGAACAAAAGGUACAUGUGUUGUAGAAGAAAAUGAUCCCAUCUUUGAGCGUGGCUCUACAACUACAUAUUCCAGCUUCAGAAAAAGUUUUUACACAAAACCAUGGUCAAAUAAAGAAACAGACAUGUUCUUUUAUGCUAUCAGUAUGGUAGGAACAGACUUCUCCUUGAUUGGACGACUCUUUCCUCAUAGAGCCAGAGCAGAAAUUAAGAACAAGUUCAAGCGUGAGGAAAAAGCUAAUGGAUGGCGGAUAGACAAAGCUUUCAAAGAAAAGCGUCCCUUUGAUCUUGAAUUCUUUGCUCAGCUGCUUGAGAAGGUCUUAGCAGAUGAGGAAAAGAAGAAGCAAAAGACUGUUAAAAGCCAGAAGCCAAAGGGAAAGAAACCAUCACAGCCUCAGAAGAAGCUAAAAGGAAAAGCUGCCAGCACAGAAGCUGCCAAUGAUCAAGAUGAUCUUCAGGAAGCCAGAAUUUCAGAUGCAGAAACAGAAGCAGAUUCUGUGAUGGCUGAGAAAGAAAAUGAGGAAUCUUUAGGCAUUUCUGAACAGGCAGAAGAACAGGUGGCAUUAGAGCCAACAUUAGCAAAAAAGAAGAGAAAGAAGAAGAGAAAAGAUGAUCCUGAACAGGAAUUAGAGAAUCUUCCAGAAGAAAUGGCUGUCCCUUCAAAAACUGCAGAAGGGAAAUCCUCUAAGAAAAGGAAAAAUGUGGUAUGUGGUGCACACACUGAUGGUCAUACUACCUGUAGAGAAGAAUUGGAUAGCGGUAUUGAAGGAAAACAAGAUGAGACUGCUGCUACAGAGGGAGAGAGAUCAGAGUCCUGUUCACCAGUGGAUGACAUAAUGGAGAGAGAAAGUGAUGUCAAUUUAUGCAGCUUUGAAGAUAGCAAUUAUGUUGUACUAGAAAUAGAAUCUGCUAAACUGAGAACCCUAGAUAUUGGAGAUGAUACAUCACAGGAGAGCCAGAUUUCAGAGUUACUGGUUUCAAAGAUUAGAAGCAAGGGACAACCUGAAGAAACUAGAGAAACCAAGAACAAGGACACACAUGACUUACGUAGACCAAAUGAAAAACAGCAUGCAUCAGAAAGUGAUUCUCAGUCUGUAAUCAUGAAAACUGAGAAGCCAGCAGACAGAGGGCGCUUGCAAAGACCUAAACCCAAUUUAAUGAGGUCAUCUGCAAGGAGAGAAGCAGCAACCCAAGAGAAAAAGGUCAAAUCUUCCUCUCCAGACUUCGUGAACGCAGAUGAAAAGUGCUCUGAGGAAGACAGUAGAAGAAGUAGAAAUGAAACCACAGAGGUAGAGAACACAGAUUUGGAUACUAAAUCUGAAGAACCUGAAAAAUCUUUAACUGGAAAAGCAAUAGUUAGAGGAUGUCGACAGAGAUUUAAGCCUAAUGUUACAGGAGCAUCUGGAAGGAAGGAGCUUGAAAAAGAUGCAGGAAAUGAUCAACAGCCUAAGGGGAAAUCCAAAAAGAACACUGACCAAAGUAAUAGUUCUGAUGCUACCAGUGAAGAAGCUGCAGAAAGAGAUGAUAAAGUCCUGGAGACAGUCUCUCAGUGUAAUAAAACAUCUAGUUUACAAGAAGACAGCAAACAGAGUGUGCUGAAGCCAACAUCUCUAAAGAGAGGCAGAGAGCAGAGACCAAAACCAAAUUUGGGAAGAACUGUUGCAAGGCAAAAAGACCUGACAGAUGAAAAGGAUCCUGAAGAGAAGACUGAAGAUGAAGUAGAGAAAGGUGUGAUACACCAUACAGAUGAAAACAAUAAUCCAAGCCUCAAAAAAGAUGUGACUGUUCAUGAAGACAUUCAGCUAUGCAAUGUGAUAUUAGAAGGGGAUGUUUCUACAAAUAAUGAGAUUAACUCAGUACAUACAAGGCAGUGUUCCCAAAACAAGUCCUUGGAAGCAGGAGGCUAUGAAAAUGAAAAGGGAUUGUCAGAUGUCUUGAAACAGGUUUCAGAUUUCAGUACACGGGAGUCUGAUUCUCAAAAGGAAGAGGAGAAAACUGUUGUAUCAUCAUGUCCAUCUCGACUGCUGAGGAGUCGAUUCCAGAGACCCAAGCCAAAUUUAAGAAUGACAACUGAUAGAAAGGAAGUGCUGGAUGUAAACAAUAAAGGUGUAUCACAGAAAGAUACCAACAAGGAAGAAAGUUUGACACAGCAUGACAGUGAAUGUAGCAUCCUUCCUGAUACAGACAAAGCAGAAAAAUAUGAAGUCCAGCAACCAUUGGAAUCCUUAGGAAAGGAGAAGUCACUUGGCUCUCAUCAGGUUUCUGAAAGGACAAGUUCUAAGUCCUCAGAGACAUUUUCAGGACCAAAGGAUGGUGAACUCAAGUUUUGUCUGCCUGAAAUUAACCAAGAUGACACUUCAACUACUAAUGCAGGCAUUGCUAGCAAGAAUGCCACUGAAGAAGAAAGUAAACAAACAUCUCUUCAACCUGUCCCGUUAGUGCGGAGCAGGUUCCAGAGGUACAAGCCAAACUUAAGAGCUGUUGGAAAGAAGGAAUUACAAGCAUCAGAAAAUGAGAGGGAGAAAAAGCCUGAAGCAAAGCAGUUGUUAUUGCAAAAAGAUGAGUCUGCCAAUACUGUCAUCGGUGAAAAUGAAGCUGUAUUGUGUCAAGCAGAUGUAUUGAGCAAAGAGGAGCAGGAACCACAAGAGGCACCUCAGGUGCCCUGUAUUUCUGAAAACAUAUUGUGUGAACAAAGCAGUGCUGAAAAAAACACUUCCCAAGAAAGCAUGCUGAGUGCUCUGAAACCAGGACAAUUCAUAAGGGAUGGAUCUCUGAGAACUAGACCAAACCUAGAAAGAGCAUAUAGUGAAAAAGAAUCUCAAGUGGCACAACAACUUGCUACUCCAGAUGAGGAAGAAGCAAUUAAAGGAGAGAAUCUGCCUGUGGCAGAAGAAUCUGAUGAAUGUCUUUACUCAAAAGAUAACAUGGAAAUAUUGUUGUCUGUGGGGAAUUCGGCCAAGAAUGACCACCUAGACAUAAAUCUAAAAAGCAUGAAGUCAGAAACAUUCUGUUCCUCUAAAAAAUCACCUAACUCUCACAGCAAGGGAGAACAAGAACAACAUCGAUCUACAGAUGCUACAGGAAGCAUUCAGCAUACCAUAGAAAGGUCCAAUGAUAAAUUAAGUUCUGGAGAAGAAAUUAAAGAGAGUGAUACAAAGCCUUUGCAUCAAGUGAGGGAACCCCACUGGGACUCAAAGCCAAACCUAAUGAGAGUUACUAGAAAAAGAGAUUAUCCUGAAGAAGGUGAAAACAGAGAAGAGGACAAGGCUGAGAGUAAAAAUUCAGAAGAAUGUUUGGUGUUAGAAAAAACAGGCAUAUCAAUGCAAAACUCUAGUAACACAGUGGAAGCUGCAUCCUCCUCAGAGGCUACAAGAAAACACAAUUUUACAGACUCUGUUGAUGAACCAUCUUAUAAAAGAAUCAGGCAGGAUAGUAGACUCCAUUCUCCAGAGACACUGUCAGAGAGUCAAGUAGAACGAGAAGAUGAUUCUCAGCUUUCUACCUCGCAGGAAAAGAAUUCAGACAGUCUCACAAGAAGGCAGUCCAGAAGGUUAUCAAAACGGAUAGCACUGCCAAAACAUACCUUCGAGCUAAGAACUGCUGCUUCUUCUGCCUCUGAAUGUGAGGCUGAUUGCAGUGAUAAGGGGAAUCAAAGGCAAGAAGUUAAAGUGAAUGUUACUAGAGGCAAAAAUUUGAAAACUACAUAUAAAAAGAAACCUGAGAAGGAGCACAGAAGUUCGAAGAUAACCUUGGUGACCCUCCGGGCCUCUCAGGAGGAGGAAGAGGAGGAGGAGGCAGAUGACUUUCAGCCUGAUGAUGAAGAUCAGUGCUUUGCACCAGAUGAAGUAAACAAAGCUCCAGUGUUUGUUCCUAUAGGUCUUCGAUCUCCAAAGCCUACACCUGUUCAGAUAGAGGAAACCAUGGAGGAGCUGGAAAUACCUGUGAACAUACCAGAUGCACAGGUGGCUACUGAUGCUGAAAAUCUCUCUUGUGCAUCUGUCCAGCUGGUGGUACAGAGGGAGGAAAAAGAAACUGUACAUGAAAAUUCAGAGGUAGACAAAGGAAUUAAUGAUGGAAGCACCGAAGCUGCUAUGACUUUACUUGCAAUGGGUGAUCCAAUGUUCCAGUUAAAAACAAGCACUGAAGAAUGGACACACAUGUUACCUGCUCAAGAAGAACUGGACAUGGCCAGUAGCCUUGUAACCCACACCUACUCCAAACAUAAUAGAGCUUCUUGUCAGUAUUUACUUUCUUCUACCAAGGAACUGUUUCCCUCUGAGGAUGAAAGAAACAUUAAUGUAAAGGAUCAAAGCACUGGCACAGGAAUAGGUGUUGAAGAAUAUUUUGAGAAAAAUGCUACAGAUGCCAGUGAUAACUCUUUGCCUACAGUGAAUAGUAUGAGACUGACAACAGGCAGACUCCUGAAGCCUGAGCCACCCUUUGGAGUAUUGAGGUCCAAUGAAAACAUAAUUCAUAGGUCACUUAAUACAGCUGUACCUGUGGAACAACUAGAGCAAGUUCAAAGUGAGUCUACAGUCCUGAGAGGUAAUGUGGAAAUGCAGAAGGUGGAACUAGAACAGGUCAGACGAGCUGCACAUGAUUCUUCAGUUCUUCAUGAUUUUGCAACUAGCAGUCUGGAACUUACUAAGCAAGUAGACAAAACUGAGAGAACAGGAAAAGAUACGAGAGAUGCUUGUGGCAAUUCAGGAGACUUAAGACCUGUAACUGCAUCACCAAAACCUGAAGAAUCUCACCUUGGACUAGAGGAUCGUCCAAAUCAAAGUUCUGUGGGUAGACUUCCUCAGGCAAAUCCUUGUCGUCCUGAGCACAAUAUAUGCACAAUCAACCUUACUCAGAAUGCAGCUUGGGCUCAGGACGCUCAGCAACAAUGUAUAAGCAGCACAGAAGAGACUUCAGAAAAAAAUAAAGUAGUCAACAAUGAUCACAGAUGUCCAGAGGAGGAACAGACAUUCAUUUUAACAUUGGUGGAAAUCCCAGCUGACUCAAAAGAGUUUGAUGCAUCUGCAUUGCUAGAACAAACUUCAGAACCAUUACUACCAGCCCCAAUACUUAUCAGCCCAAUAAAUGCAAGUGAAACAAGUGUGACUGAAGUGGAGAGCACUGGAUCCUUGACAACUGCAGCUGAUGAAUUUGGUGCACCUUUAAACAGCAGUACGAGAACCAAACUACUAGAGAGUGCAUCAGUAGAGCCCAUUCCAAAUUUGCAGACAGCUCAGAAAAGGUCAGCUGCUGAACUUGAAGAGAAUGAUUUUCCUCCUGCCAAGAAAACUCUGUCUACUGUUGUUGUGGAAUGUAACUCAGAAACCACUCAUAAGGGUUUUUCAAUUAAAUCCACAGAUGCUGCAAGAAUAGCUUCUGAGAAUCCUUUUCAAAACGCAGAGGCUUCAGCAAAGGAAAAAGUAGUUACCUCUGUGUUGGUGUCUGAGUCUCCGUUGCCACUGGCUGAGAGAAGCCAUCCUGAGACUUUGAAGAACUUAGGGAAAGCACCACUUGAGAAUUCAACAUCCAAACAGCAAGACGAGGUGAUGUCUAGAUUACCCUCUAAAAGAAAAGCAGAAGUAAGUGGACAAGAAAAGCAGGGGGAUGUGCAUGAAUCUGGACAGUUGCAACAUUCUGGAAGCCUAGCAUCAUCUUCAAAAAAUCCAUUACUCAGGGGUGGACGAAAACCACUGGGAUUUUUAUCUUUAAUUUGCAAAAAGAAUAGUUCUGAAUCUGCAGAAGAUACCAAAGUGAAUAGAGGGAAGAUCCAAAAACCUCGGAUUGUGACUCCAAAACGAAGUCUCAAAAAAUCCAGUCAAUCCACUAAGGAUGAUAGGGAAUCUUGUUCCCUUCCCUCUACAAGCACAUCGUCAUCGAUGGAGUAUGAGAAUGUAGCUGCUGAUUCUGCCGUUAGGAUUCCAAGCAACAAGCCAUCUGAGAAGUCACCCCUUUGUGCUAAAGAUCAAGAGAAGGAAGAAGAGCCAACCAGAAUCUCUGAGUACUUUUUCAGUGACAUCUUUAUGGAAGUUGAUGAUUCAGAAUAGCAAAAUGGCUUUAUAAAAACCUAGAAUCUGAGAGUAUAAUGCAACAAGAAAAGAGUAUUUUUAAAAAGUUUUGUUUUGUUCUGAUAUUUAUUAUGCCACGCUUACAGUCAGCCAAGCUGUUAGUGAAUUCCAUAAAGAUGAAACGGAUUCCUUCUGAAGCAACCUCGAUAAUUCUAAAAUGUUGAAAUAAUCUAAAGCACUACAUUGACGUCAUUGGACCAGACCAGCAGCUGCCGGCUUAGUUUCACUUGUUUAGAUGCUGAUAAUGGGUGCAUGACUUUCUUUGCAGAAAAGUGCAAUGAAAAAACGCUUCAUCUUGUGACAAGUAUCCCUUUGAAUUUUAAUGCUAAAGCUUGUGGUACUGGCUAUACAAUUUCUUCACUUCUUUUUGUGAAGUAUGUUACAUUAGUAUGUUAGAAGGAUGAAUGGAUUUUUUAUGUAUAGUGUAAUCUCUGUAGAUCAGUAUGCAAAUACUAGAAGCAGUGUAGUAAACACAUAGAUAUAUUGAGCACUUCAGGUAUUUUUAUUAGCAUCUCCAAAUUAAGUAUUUUUAAAGAGUUUUUAAUUAUAUAAAUUAAAAGAUCCUAACCUGAAAAGCCAGAUGGGUUUAGUUCCUUAAAAACAUAUUGAGAAAA